UCCUCCAAAAAUCCAGCCAGUCAGUCAAUUGACUCAGUGCGCAAAGGCUCCCUUGUUCUCUUGGGCUCCGGAGGCUCGUUGAAGUUGAAACCCUCUUCCUGAUUCCUCCUCCACGAUAGCAGGCAGCAAAAUGGCCUACACAAAAACCCCAAUCUUCGUCGUCCUCUUCCUCAUCACCCUCCUCCCGAUCUCCACCAAUUCUCAAGACCCCACUUCGGAUUUGCUCGCCCAGCUCGAAUCCCUCCAAUCCCAGUCCCCCAAUGGCGGCGUUAUCCAUCUCACUGAUUCCCUCCUCAAACGGAUCCUAUCCAUUCCAGCUCCUCGUCCCUUUACUUUCCUCAUCUUCUUUGACGCCCAACAACUCCACUCCAAACCCGAACUCUCCCUCCCGUCUCUCAAAUCCGAGUUCUCCCUCGUCUCUAAAUCCUUUUUAGCCAACAACCCUCCAGCUUCUCACUCAAAACUGUUCUUCUUCGACAUUGAAUUUCAAGAAUCCCAGUCCUCUUUCGCCCUUUUCGGAGUAAAUUCUCUGCCCCACAUCAAACUUAUCCCCGCUGAAGCCACCGAUGUCAAGAAAGACUCCUUCCAGAUGGAUGCGUCAGAUUUCUCGAGGCUCGCCGAAUCCAUGGCUGAAUUUGUCGAGGCCAAAACGAAGCUGAGCAUUGGGCCGAUUGAUCGCCCUCCUUUGAUUUCUAAGAAGCAAUUGAUGUUUCUCGUUGCUGUUAUUCUGAUUUGGGCUCCAUUCUUGGUGAAAAAAGUGAUUUCUGGGAACACCCUUUUGCACAAUAAGAGCGUUUGGAUGACCGGAGCGAUUUUCGUCUACUUUUUCAGUGUCUCCGGGUCAAUGCAUAACAUAAUUAGGAAAAUGCCCAUGUUUUUGGUUGAUAGGAAUGAUCCUGGGAAGUUGGUUUUCUUUUAUCAGGGGUCCGGGAUGCAGUUGGGAGCUGAAGGGUUCGCGGUUGGGUUCUUGUACACUGUGGUGGGAUUGUUGCUGGCUUUUGUUACUCAUGUGCUUGUCUAUGUGAGGAAUAGGAAUGCUCAGAGGUUGGUGAUGAUUUUUGUGAUGUUUGUUUCCUUCUGGGCUGUUCAGAAGGUGGUCUUCUUGGAUAAUUGGAAGACUGGAUAUGGUAUUCACGCUUACUGGCCAACAAGCUGGAAGUGAUUGUGGUGAUUGAUUUGAGGCUGAUUGACGUAGAGGCGCCUUAGCCAUUGGCUUUGGGUAAGAGAUUUGUACCAGUUUAGAUUGUAAGACAGAGCAAUUGAUAAGGAAAUUUAAGUGACGACAUAAAUAUUUCGACUUUACAUUGUCUGUUUUAUUUCUACUUAGGAUGGAUGUAUACCUCACCGCUACCUGAGACUGCACUAUAUGUGCUGGUCGAAAUUUUCAACACUGGCAAUGUGCAACCUUUUCUCGUACUGAUUUCAUACUAUGCCUUAAACAGUUUAUUAAAAAUUUUAUGUUUGCAAUGGCUGGAUACUACCGUGCUUCAUUCACUACUAGUGAGUUUCCAACAAGCAUUUUCCCAGCCGUGUUUAGCUUUAGAAUAUACAUUGUGAACUUGUUGAGUUACUUGUGUCUUAGUUCUUUCUCUUUUGUAUUUAUAGAUGAAUGUCUGCUUUCUUGUAAUUCUGGGACUAAUCUGUCAAAUACUUUUGGAUGUCCUUGUUGCGUGGUCUAUCUUCUGAAAUUUACACAUUUAGAUGAUGUUUAUAAUUUGGUUAAAGAAAAGGGUAAGACUUCCUUUUGGCAUAGGUAAAGUGAGAGGGGGUUAAUUAUGCUACAUUUGGCACAAAGAAUUGAGUUUUAGAGUCCCCUUGUCCUGUUGUAGAGGCUAAUAGAUGAAGUGCAACUCUUAUAUCUUCUUUACUUUAUUUGAGAUGCUUAUUGAUUCGACACAGUUGUGGUCAUUAAAGGAGUAAAGCAUAGAGGUUUCCAGUAAUUAUAAGUAACCUGCGAACUCUGUUUUCCAAAUGUUCCCCCACACCCCCCCCCCCCGGGGGGCCCGCAGGGAGAAAAAAUUCCCCAAUCCUCAAUUACUAUAUUACAGGCAUAGUAAGGAUUUUUUUUGGACAAGUUGUUAUAGGAUCUUAGAAAUGGAAUAAAUUUUUCUAAGAGGUGCCUAACUGGCAAAGGUAAAAGUGCUGAAAAGUAUAUAAAUAUAUGAAUGCCCCUUUCCAGGUGUGUUUAAAUAAAAAACAAGAAACAUGAACAAGAUGAUGGUGGAAAAUCUGGAUUUGAGAGCUGGUAUCUCAGUUGAUUUUGUUGCUCACUGUGCUUUGAGUUGAUCAUAAUUCAUAACCAUUUUGGUUUGAUUCUGAGCAAUGAGUCAACUUUUGAUAAAGACUCUGUAUGUCUUAAGCAAAUAUUCUUAAUUGGCAUUGUCAAUAUAUUUGGUGACUCUUAGCUUAUCUUCUUUGUAAUUUUUUGUUCUUUCUUGAUUCCUUUGCUAAAUUGAAGGAGGAGCUUCCUGGCACCCUUAAGCUUUUGCUGAAUGGAAUCAUGGAUGGCUUAUGGAUUUCUUCAUUUUUUUUCUUUAUUAGAUGAGGCAUCUACUUAUAGUGCCCGUAGUUUCCUCACCCUCUCCCACACACACACAGAGCCCCCCACCCCCCCCCCUCCCAACCCAAAAAAAAAACUCUCUUCUUAUUUGUCCAUUUUAAUUCGCCAGGAAUUAUGAGAUUGAGGAGAUAAUCUCUGUUGAAUUUGUCAUGGUAACUCUGCAUUUCAUCUCAGUUAGAAGAUGGUACAAGGAUAUAAGCUAUGCCAUUGAUAACAUGAUUUUGUAGCUGCUUGGAGAUAUACUUUUCCCUGCUGUCCAGUCUUUUGCUAAAUUCUUAGAUGGACAUGUGCCACCAUGGACUGUGAGAUGAGAAUGUGGGACCUACAUAUUGGCUUACAGGUCCAUGGUGGCACAAGUUCACCUAGGAAUUAUCUUCCAGUUUUAGAUGAUCUGUUGCCUUCUGUUCUCAUGGACAUAAAAUAAGUUGUGAUAAACUGAUUGUGGUUUUGGGCAUGACCCUAUUAAUUUAGGGUUGCUGUUGAUUUUGUAUCCGCAUGAACUAUAGCUUAUGGAUAAUGAUGUCAUCCAUUAUCUCCAUUUCCACACUGAGAGGAAUGCAGAUAAGUAUAUCCAGCAUGACUCUUGAGUUUGAAAUUAGUGAAUAGCAAGAGGCUUUUACUUGGCAGUCAAAGACGUGCAUUCUUUGGUGAUAACGUCUUUGGCUUUUCAAUGUUCUCUCACCUAGUUAAAGAAUGAAUCUUGUAUUUUUAAUGAUGAUAGUGGCAGUGGAGGAUCUGCAGUUGUAUCAUAGUAGUCUACGAAGUCUUGAUACGGUGAAUAAAGCAAUUUGUUAUUUACCUUUGUUGAAUCACAGCUCAUCAAAUUCGGGGAGAGGUUGAAUCCUCUGGUGAUUAUGCAUCCCAGUGCAUUCUCAAUAGCCCUGUUAAAACUGUUUUUGUCCAUUGAGGUCGUCAUAUAUAAAUGUCUGGGCUCUUAAAGUUAGACAAGGCCAUGUCGGUCAUCACCAUGAUGAGUCGGAACUUACUUGUGAUGAAUGAAACCUUCCUCUGUGGACAGGAGAGUGCUUGGUUAGGCAUGACAGGAUAGAAUGUUCAAAGUUGAUGCAGUCUCUACAUAAUCUACGAGCAGAAAAUGUUUAUGGAUGUUAAGGUCCAUGUACUGGGAUGUGGUGAUAGUCUUAUUAGCAUAAGCAUCAGCCAGGAAAACAAACUCUCGUCAAAAUAAAGAAUAUAUUCCUUCCCCAAGAAAGUAAACGGAUCAUUUUGCGUCUUGAAGACUUCCCUAUGAGGGAAAUCAACUUUCAAACAGCAGUUUUUCCUCCCGACACGUUCUUUUUCAAUCUCUAUGGAUAAAGUUCUUCUGGGGCGGCAAAAAAGUCCUGUAAACGAAGAGGGGUCGGUUUGCUUCAGGCAGAUGCUCUGUGCUAGAUCGCAUUACGCACCCCAAAUUUAAUAAUGUCUUUUUUCACAACUUAGCGUAGCCAUGCAGCAGACUGGGAGAUGCCUUGAACGGCAUAUUCUAUUUAAUUGCCCUUGUGAACCUAUCAAAAUCAUCAUUUUUCUAUUGUGUCAUAGCUCAUAUAAUCUUCACAACUGCUGCAGUUAUUCUUCCUACAAUUCUCAAAGUCCCGAGGGAAGAAAAGGAAAGAUGGAAGAACAAGUUGAAAUGGUGGGGAAAGCAUUUGUGGAUCAUUACUACCACCUGUUUGAUAAUGACAGACCUUCUCUUGCUCUUCUGUACCAACCAACUUCCAUGCUUACAUUUGAAGGCCAAAAGAUUCAGGGGACAGAUAAUAUAAUUGCAAAGUUGGUGCAAUUGCCAUUCCAGCAAUGCCAUCACGUAAUUAGCACCAUCGAUUCUCAACCAUCAUCCUUUGCUGGAGGCAUUUUAGUCUUCGUCAGUGGUACCCUCCAACUGCAAGGAGAGGACCAUCCUCUAAGGUUUAGUCAGAUGUUUCAUUUGAUACCCACGGUGGAAGGAAGCUUUUUCGUGUUGAACGACAUAUUUCGCCUCAACUAUGCUUGAAUACAGUCCUUUUCCUGGCAAUUGAUUCUUCCGAUAAAGAAAACAUGUGAAAAUGAGAAAAGGUUGCCCUGUGAAGUUCGAUCGUGAUUGUUGUUUUGUUCCAGAAAUCUGAUAUGCUAAAUAUAUUGUUGUG